AUGGUCAUCCACAAAAAUUUGCUAUUCGCGACGGUUUCGUUAGCGACGGUGGUAGUAGCUUUAGCGACGACCGAUCAGCCUGAUAACUUCUCGGCCGACGUUAUUAUUCGUGUUAUCAACGACUUAAGCAGCAAAAUACUGAUAGUGCAUUGCGCAUCCAAAGACGACGAUCUCAGUGCCCAUGGACUCGAGAUCGGCGCCACCUUCAGCUGGAGAUUCCAGGCAAUAGUCGGUACCCUUUUCUGGUGCAACCUCGCGGUCGAAGAUAAGCGGGUUUCUUUCCAAGCAUUCGUGAAUGGCGAACGAUACGUGCCAUACCUGUAUGUCCGCGAUUCUGGGGUUUACGACGGCGAUAAUCUCAUUUAUGCGUGGAGGCAAAUUCGGUUUCCAUAG